AAUUCCAUACUUGUACCAAAAAUAGUGUGGAAUCAAGCUGCAAUGAAAAAAAGAACUUGUCAGACAAAGUUAUUAUACUUUUAGAUGCGAUUAUUAUUUUGCUGUCAUUAUUUCUAAGUCUGUUUUUUUUUAAAAAAACUGUAUAAAGUUGGAGAAAUUGACAUUUUAUUUCCUGGCUACUGUAGAAUUUAUCCAACUAAAAUAAACACUACUCCUUUCUCAUGAAAACGCCCUCAUUGUCUGCCGUCGUCUCUGUGUCUCUUCUUACUGUCUUUUACUUUCCUGUCAAUCCUUUAGGAUGACAACGUGUAUUUUACAAAUCCUGUACAAAUAUUAAAUAUUAUGCGUGAUUUAGAGGACACUAAUUUACGAUUGAUUCAGCACUGUCAAGAAUCAGAUGAUACCAUUGAAAUAUUACGGAAUCAAGUGAACGAAAGUGUAGAUAACUAUCAGAAGGAUGUUCGCAUUUUAUCGAAACACCAAACCUCCCUUCAAGAAGCCAUUAACUCGGAAAAAAUUAAAACUCAAUGCUUAAAUUUGAGUAUGAGUGACUUUUUAUUUUCGGGUUACAAUUCAGAACAGCAGAAAUUAAUUUUGAACGAUCUUCAUGAAAUUAUUACUGAGGUUUAUCGAGAUACUAUUCGGAAAUCUGACACACCAUUGAGUUCACUACAAAUGUUAUACGAAAUUGAGGCUAAAAUGGUUGACCUACUAGAAUUUCUGCAAACGCUUCCUGAAGAUGAAGUAAAGGAAGUGAAACAGGCCAAAGAAGCUGAACAACGACAACAAAUUAAAGAAGAGAAGAAGAAUCAACAACGGAUAUAUCAAGAGGAGCGAAUACAAAAGGCGUUAGAACGUGCAAAAGCUGAACCAAAGAAACAAACUGGGCGCAGACUGGUGACUCGAUCACAGCCUCCAGUAAUACAUAAAUCAGAUGACAAGAAAAAUGAUGCAGAAGCUAGAGAAGCAAAGGAGCUAGCCUUCUUAUUCGAAUGAAUAUGCUUUAACUAAUAAUAAUAAUAAUAAUCAAAACAGUAACAGUCUAACUUACAAAUUUAUCCACAGCUUUUCUUAAUAUUUUUCUACGCAUAAUAACCAUACUACUUAUAAUAAUAAUUAUUAUUAUUAACAUUCAAGAUUUUGUAAACUUUUCGUGUGCAGAUGUACAUUUUUACGGAUCGCAAAUUUCUCAUAUAGGGGCAACUGGGUAUGAUUCUUUAUUCCCAAUGCAUUGCUGAUCAACUGUACAAUGAAAAUAAAGUUUUAUCUUUGCUUGGUUUACCACUGAUAAAUUUAUUUCUCAUUCACACCCUACAGUAUGCUGUGCUCCAUAAUGUUUUAGCUUUGGCGAUGAACUCCUAACCAGACUUUUUCAGCUAGUGGUCAGUGUAUA